CGCAAGAUUGCCUCAAUGUUGAAGCCACAAAAAGUGAUUAGGCAAGGUGGGGACCGUUUCACAAUCAGGACGCUCACCACGUUCAGAAGUUAUGAGAUUUCAUUCAAAAUUGGGGAGGAGUUUAAAGAGGUGUCCAAAGGGAUGGACAACAGGUCAUGCCAGACUGUGGUGAACUGGGAAAACGAUAAGCUGGUGUGUGUCCAGAAAGGAGAGAAGAAGAACCGAGGAUGGACUCACUGGAUUGAGGGAGACGAGCUUCAUCUGAGGUUAAAGGCAGCCGUCCAUUACACUGUGGGUCGCAUUUGUCAGAAGAUGGGAGAGGACCAGCGGAGACGGUUCAGCCGGCAGGUCGUAGCAGCGAUAGCGGAGACAACGUUCAGACAGUGCGAUCUAUUUGCCAAAGACCUGGAAGCCUUUGCAAGGCAUGGUAAAAGAAGCACGGUGUCUACAGAUGAUGUAAAGCUUGCAGCCCGUCGCAGUACUGCAUUGUCCAUCUACAUACAAAAUAAAAUUGAGGAACUGAACCAGGAGCAAAAGGAUUUGAAGAAGAAGAGUACUGGGAAGAGGAAGAGCAGAGACACUGAGGAGGAAAACAAAGAAUAAAGGACAAGACACAGGAAGGCCUGCAGCGUCUCACCUGUGUCCAACAUUCAAAGAAACAUGAAGGCUGACUCACAUUCAUUACAAUGAGUUUAGUGUCAUCAAAGGUGCCAUAUUCAUUCUUUCAGGGGAAAUAUGCAGAUUAACUUUAAAGACUUCUACAGCAUGAGAUCUUAUUAGAUAUUCACACUUUCUGCAGAAUUACAUUUCAUUUGUGACUGUUACCUGCCCUGGGACCUGCUGAUGUAAUGUCAAAAAUACAGUGCAUUGACACUGGGUUGACACAGAAAUGAUCAUGUAUGAACUGACUUGCAAGUACGUAGGUUUUAAAAACAAAAAGGCACUGACAAAGUGACAGAAUAUAAAAACUCUAAAGCCAGCUUCAACAUCUUUAAUUAGAGCAGUUUUGACUGACUAGAAUUAUUUACCUGCCAUGUUUCUCAAAAGUGUGACACCAAAUAUAUCCAAAUGUUUAUCAUUUUUUAUCUGGGGAAAACUCACAAGGACUAUAAAUACUAUCUGGCAAGCUAUCAAUAUUGUUCACCCAAUGAGCACUUUAAGCACACCUGUACAGUCUAAUGCAAUUAAAUAAACCUGCCAUAAAGUCUA